AUGGACGCACUUGCCUGCUUGGUGGACGAGAACGUGCUGACGCUCCGCGUCAAGAGCUUGGAGGUCGACUGCGCAUCAUCGGCGUCGACGGAUGGAACGUCGGGCCCGUCCACGCCAGUGUCCGUGCCCGACACGGCUGUCUGCGACGUGUGUAUGGACGACGUCGCCUGCACGAACCUCGUCGAUCGUCUCUGUCGCGACGACUGCCCGGCGCGCCUGUGUCCUACGUGCAUCGCGGCCUUCCUGGACGUCCGAGCGCGCGACGCGAUCUUUGGCGUCCUGACCAAGCUGCCGUGUCCCGUGUGCGUCACGCCCAUGAGCACCGUCCGCUUCCAGCUGCAACUUGACCCGCUCUUCGACGAUGCGAGUCCUUCUGCGCCGAACGAGACACUGAUCGAAUCCGAUGGUGAGGCUCGCGGAAGCGACACAGUCGCUAGCUGGACCGCCGCGAAGCAAGCAGCCAAGGCGAGCAUCCUGGAGAGCCUUGCCAUGUACGACCGAAAGGUCGCAGGUGCCUGCAAGAUGAAGUGUCCGUCGUGCCACUCGGAUCGCAGCCAGUUGCCGACGCCGUCGUCGGAUCCGUUGGUGCUGCCAGCAGCGCUCGAGCUGCACCUCCCAGCACUCCUCGACGUCCAUCGUCGUUUCUGCCAGCACGAAGCCUCGGUCACGGAACUUGUCGCGCUUGUGGACGCCACCUUUAGCGGCGAGGACGCCACCGAUGUCAAGCAGAAACUGUUGCAGAUCACGGCGGACAAGGAGCGUCAGGGUGCGCUCUUUCUCCGCCUCGUGCAGCAAAACCCGUUCAUUCAGACGCUCUGCUGCUCGGUCGACGUGUGCUUUGCGUGCCAAACUGCGGGUCACCACCAUGGCAGUGAGUGCGUCGCGGGCGCUCUUGGCCGUGUUCACGACAUUGUCGCGUGUCCGAGCUGCGCGCUUCCGCUUGUCAAGGGCGACGGCUGCGACUCGGUCAACUGCUUUUGCGGCGCAGCGUUUAACUGGCCCAAGGCCGUGCUGGAUGCCAAGAUGCGCCAACUCACGACGCGCCACAAAGCUUCGAUUUCAGCGCUCGUGGUGGCCGUCCGUCGAUACCAGACGCGAGCCCGUUUCCGCAAGCGCGUGCUUGUCGAUCUUAAAUUCCGAGUGCAAGAAAGUCGGGUGGCCUGGAUCGAUGCGGCACUGAUGGCCAACCCCAUCGCGCGCCAAGUGCUUCGGUCUGCACUGGUCCGCCGACUGCAAGCGGUGCGCUGGAAAGUGCUGCACGUGACGGAGCUCACGGACGCUGCUAUUGCGAUGGCAUCGCGCAUUUUUUGGCGGCUUUUUUGGGUCGAGCAUCCCGAGGAGCAGCAUGCACUGGCCGACGAGACCCAAGUGUUUUCGUGCAUGGAUCUCUGAGCCAAAGACAAUAAUGUCCAUGUCGAUCAACGUAUUGCACAUCAACACAAGUCACAGUCUCCAAUUGCUCAAGUGCGGACAAGGAGCUUGACCGUCGGCUAGUACACAGGGCUGUGUGACCACUGCUAUUGUAUGAUCCAGAUCAACCUUGAUCCAGAUGUAAGACUCCACGUCUGGUCCAUCCUUCCGGA